AUAAUGCUUAAAAAGUCAGGGAGGUGUGUGAGACGGAGAUCAGCAGCUUCUACUGUUCUGGUGGUUGGGGUGCUGAGCGUGUUUGUCGGAGUUGUUUGAAGGUUUGGGGUCUCAGACAGACCACGUUUGUCAUGUAGGUUGUAGAUCAUGACUGCGGAGGCAGUCCGUUCCCCGUCAUGGAGCUUAUUAAGAGGGGAGACUCGGCAUGGAUCGGAAAACGCAAUAACAGCUGCAUUCGAUCCAGUAAUUGCUUGGCGUUGUGUGUGUUAGAUUUGCAUGUUAGAUUUUGUUAGACACUUUUUUUCCCCUUAUAUAGUUUUAAUGAAUAGGAAGAUUUGCCUAAAAAAACACAGUCUGUAAAGACCUGGUGUGGUGGCAGAGCGACAUGAAUCCCUCCAUGAAUUAUCAGACAGACCUCGAGGUCAUUUUGGAGUUCCUUGAAGAGCAUUGCAGACAGGAGACUAGAGGCCUGUGGGACAAUGCUGAUUUGCAUAUGAAUCAGCAAAGCAUCGGAGACAACUACGGCAUUCUGUCAGCAAAGUCUCAACCUGCUACAGGAAAGGAAAUGGGUUUCGAUUCAGCUGGACUCAGGAACACAGUAAUCCAGAGUUUGUCCAUGGAGGAAACUUUAAACGCUCCUGCUGGAGAGGAGAGAGUUUCGGGUCAACACACGAGCCCGGGGGAAAAAGACGAAUCCAGCUCUACACCUGCAGGCAGAGUUCCAGGAAAAAAGCUGCGUCUCUUCCACUUCUUGUUCGAGAUGCUUGAGGACCCUGGAAUGGCCCACUGCUUGUCCUGGGUGCCUGCGUCCGUCGGGGUUUUCCGCUUCUCGUCCACCUAUAAAGAGCAUGUGGCAGCACUCUGGGGCCAGCGCAAGGGCAACCGAAGGCCCAUGACCUACCAGAAGAUGUCCCGCGCCCUGAGAAACUACACCCGCUCCGGAGAAAUCAUUAAAGUGAGAAAAAAACUGACCUACCAGUUCAGUGGAGCGGUUCUGACUACGUUACGGAGUCAGCAGCCAAUAAAAAACGCCUGAUCGUUUCUUUUUUUUUUCUUUUUUUUGUUGUUUUACGCUUUUUUUUAUAAUUCCCUGUCUGUCUCUGAGUCAGUAUUCAGUCCGAGGCUGUAACGAUGCAGAAAUUCUGUGUUUUUGUUUUUUCCAUAACAAUUAAUGACACUAAAAAAUCAUACUAAAGUACAAAGAGGAACUAAAUAAUACAAUGUUAAAGAUCACCAUUAAAGCUUUUGACUGCAUGAAGCACAACACUGUAUAUGUUCUGCAGCAAUUCUGCAACGUUUUUACUUCUGUCUUUGUGUUUUUCUUGAGCUGGAGUGAUUUUUUUUUUAUACAAAAUAAAGUGAUUCUACUUUU